CUUCAACAUGUCAUCUUCAGGCAGGAAGCACAGGCAAGAAUCGGCCCCCCUACACAAAGCAUCUGAACCGAAAUUCGAAUUGCUGACUGUGGAUCUGUCAGAAAACCUUGGUAGGACCCCUCGGCCCAUAAUCACAGAAUAUGACCCAAAGAAAAGGACAGCGCGAACUGAGUUGGGUGACUUAGUCCUAGUAAAGUACAAAUGUCACUCCAACAAUGUUCCGACAUCGAUGACCAAUGGCUCGACUCUGCCUCUUGUAUCAAGCACUGCCCUCGCGGACCAGGAAGCCGGAGGAUACAACCCCUUCGAGCACAGGAGGCUUGAGCACCCGACCACAGAUGCAGAGACCUUAAUCCAUCUUUUGAAGGGAAGCUUGGGUACUGGAAUACUUGCUAUGCCCUUGGCAUUCAAAAACUCUGGGCUCUUCUUUGGUCUGAUUGCUACCUGCAUCAUCGGUUUAAUCUGCACAUACUGUAUCCAUAUUUUGGUCAAAUGCUCCCACAUCCUCUGCAGACGAAUGAAAGUUCCUUCCCUGGGUUUCGCUGAUGUCGCUGAAGUUGCUUUCAUGGCUGGACCAAAAUCUGUCAGGCAGUUCUCUACUCUUGCCAGGGCAAUCAUUAAUUCAUUUCUUGUCAUUGAUCUACUUGGAUGCUGCUGUGUAUAUAUCUCAUUUGUUGCCAAGAAUGCUAAAAUGGUUGGUGAUGUAGUAUUCGAACACGACAUAGAUCUUCGAUUCUACAUGCUGUCUCUGUUGCCUCUACUUAUUGCUGUCAACCUGAUCAGGAAUCUCAAGUACCUUGCCCCAUUUUCUAUGGUAGCCAACAUCCUUAUGGCAGUUGGUAUGGUCAUUACAUUUUUCUAUGUCUUCCGUGAUGGACUCCCUGCGGUAGGUGACCGCCCCUCCUUUGCAUCCUUUGAAACAUUGCCUAUCUACUUUGGGACAGCUAUCUUCGCUCUGGAAGGUGUCGGGGUGGUUAUGCCUCUUGAGAACAAUAUGAAAACCCCCACACAUUUCAUUGGGUGCCCUGGUGUUUUGAAUACUGGGAUGUUCUUUGUCGUCUCACUCUAUGCUGGUGUUGGUUUCUUUGGAUACCUGAAGUAUGGAGAUGCCACCAUGGAUAGUGUAACACUGAACUUACCUAAAGAAUUAUUGGCUCAGUCAGUCAACAUCAUGAUAGCCAUUGCUAUUUUCCUGACUUAUGCCCUUCAAUUCUAUGUUCCAAUGGAAAUCAUCUGGAAGGCAUUGAAACACAGGUUCACAUCUCGCCCACUCCUGGCUGAAAGCUCUAUCAGGAUCUUUUUAGUUUGUGCUACAAUGGCUGUUGCUAUAGCAGUUCCAAAUAUUGGACCAUUCAUCUCUUUAGUCGGAGCAGUCUGCUUGUCAACUCUAGGCCUCAUGUUCCCUUCAUUCAUCGAGCUUGUUGUGCUUUGGGAGUCUGGUCUUGGCCGUUUUAACUGGAUUCUAUGGAAAAACCUUUUUAUCAUUUCUUUCGGUGUUCUUGGUUUUGUUACAGGAACAAUUACCAGCUUACAUGAAAUGUCAGCAUCUAAAUAAGAAAACAUCCAGCCAGUUGUUCCCGUCAUUUUAUUUAUUUAUUCAUUUUAAAAAUACCAUUAAUAAUCUUAAAAUCAUUUUUUGUCACAACAGUUUAAUGUGUAAAUGUUAAAUAUAUUAUACAAUGGCUUUGAUAGGAGAUGUUUAGUUUUUCACAUUUUUAUUUUUAUUUAUUUUUACUAAAUUAAAAUCCAAAAUAAUGAUGAUACAUUUGGUAUUUUUAUACUUAGUCAAAUGUUGUGAUUCAUUUGUUAGAAAAAUUAAUUUAUUUUUAAAUGUAAAGAAAAAUAUAUGUUGUAAAGCUAGGCAUCUCAUUAAUGUAUAAGUGUAGCAAUUUCUUUUUAAGUUUAUUAAUCAUGAAAUUUCUGACCCAGUAACGUUUCAGUGACACAUUCCAUUAAUGAAAAAUUAAUCAACUUGUUUAUGGCAAUCGAGACCUAUGCUGCACUUAUACAGUUUUCUUUUGUUUUUUAAACAAGUUUAUAGUAUUUUAUGUAAGAUUAAGGUCUGUCUCAAAGAUAGUUCCUUAGCAGUUGCAGUAUUUUAAUAACUUAUAAGUAAGUCAAGUGUGGUCUAGUCCUCUCUAGGCACCACAGGAAAACAAUGAUGUUGUGGUUUUGUGAUAUUCUUAAAUUAAGAUUAUUACAAUUACCGUAAAAGUACACAUUAUGAAUUGAAGUAUUAAAGAAGUUACUAAGGAAGAGAGGUCAGAGCGAAAAUUGUUCACUUGUUUUUAUUUAAAUAAGGAUUCCUAUUGUAGGUUAUGUUGUUUAAACAAAAUUGAACUAAUUCUUGCAGAAUAUUUAUGAAUAUAAAUGAAUAGUUUAUAGUACUGCUGCCUUAUAUGCAAAUCACUGGCUGUGAAUGCUAAUUAAGGUGAGGAGUAGGCCAAGAAGCCAUGUUUGAAAUUGUUUCAUAACAUUUUAGAUUUGAGAGUAGAAUAUUUAGAAACCUUUUAUGGGAAAAGUAGAUGUAUAAAAUUUGGUGCUUUCCCUCCCUCUAUUUAUGUUCUGUAACCUGAAAAUUAUAGAAAUAAUUUUAAUAAUAUUUAAGGUCACAAUGAAAUCCUAUUACUUUAUUUAUUUUUAUAAUAAUUAUUUUAUGUAUUUAUUUUAUUCUAUUUUUGGCUGUAG